CUAUCUAUCACCAUGUUACUCGACCUCACCACCUCCGUCAUCCUCCUCUCCCUCACCCUCAUCUACCUAACCCUCCACACCAUCUACACCCUAACCAUCCACACCCUCUCCAAAUACCCCGGCCCCCUCCCCUGGCGUCUCUUCCCCCUCCCCUCCCUCCUCUGCAUGACCCGCGGCCACCUCCCCCACACCCUCCAUACCCUGCACACCACCCACGGCCCCAUCAUCCGCACCGCGCCCAACGAACUCUCCUUCACCUCCCCCGCCGCCUGGCGCGACAUCUACACCCCCUCCUCCCCAUCCACCAUCUUCCCCCGCCCCGACCAACUAAAAGACCAACCCCCCGGCAAAACUGCCCCCAACCUCAUCGCCUGCUCAGAACCCCAACACACAACCUUCCGAAAGAUCCUCGCGCCGGGGUUCUCCCCCACCGCUGUUGCAUAUCAGGAGAGAACGGUCCAGAAAUACAUCACCCUGCUACUCACCAAACUCGAGCACCAAAUAACCCAGGGGGAAAGGGGCAAAGGGAGGGGACAUGUAGAGGUUGAUAUCGUGGAAUGGAUCAACUACCUCGCCUUCGACAUCAUCGGGGAUAUCACCUGGGGCCGAUCAUUCGGAUGUUUAGAGGGAUUGAGAUAUCAUUCGUGGAUUCAGACUGUUCAGCAGUUCAAAGGGGCCGUGGUGGUGGGUGCGUUGAAGUAUUAUCCUUUUAUGUAUUGGUUGGUGAUGAAGAUUACACCGAAAGAGGCGCUGCGGGGGGUUAUGGAGAUGUGGCGAGUUACGGAGGAGCGGGUGAGAGAACGGGUGGAUGGUGGUGAUGGGGGUGAUUUGGUAGGUAUCAUGAUGAAGGGGAUGAGUCGAGAGGAAAUCGAGGUCAAUGCCAUGUUGAUUGUUGCGGCGGGGAGUGAGUCCGUGACGACGGUGGUGACGGGGACGGUGAAUUAUCUACUGCGGGAGCCGGAGAAGAUGUCGCGGUUGGUGGGGGAGUUGAGGAGGUUCCAGUCAGAGGAGGAAAUUACAGGAAUGGCCGUGAAGGGGCUGCCCUAUCUGAAUGCGGUGGUGAAUGAAGGCAUGAGGCUGUGUCCGACCAUUCCGGAUGGGAUGCGCAGGGUGGUGCCCGACGGAGGCGCCGUGAUUGCCGGGGAGUUUGUCCCGGGGGGUACGACGGUGUCGGUGUGUCAGUGGGCGUGUUAUCGGUCGGAGAGCAAUUUCGGGGAGCCGGAUGCGUUUGCGCCGGAACGGUGGUUGGGAGAAGAACGGGGGAGGAGGUUUGAGGGGGAUGUCAAGAGUGCGUUCAAUCCGUUCUCACUGGGGCCGCAUAAUUGUCCCGGGCAGAAUCUGGCGUGGUUGGAGUUGAGGUUGAUUUUGGCUCGGUUGCUGUGGAGGUAUGAUUUGUCGAUUCCCCCGGGGGUGGAAUUGCCGCGGUGGGAAGAACAAGGCAUCUGGUGGUUCUGGGAUAAGAAGCCUACGGUUUUCCUCUUGUACGUUCGGAAGGAGGUCUAG